AUGAAUGCCAUCAUAUCACGACAUUCCAACCAGCUUAGGAGCCUCUGCAAGCCAUCUGGAGCUAACAACAUCCGGAUCUGCUUGCGUGCGACACGAUCGGUGAACAGCAUGUCGCAGCCUGUGCGACCGCGGCGGUUCGCACCACUGGAUCCCGCGAAAAAGAAGGAAGGGGACACUAGACCACUGCUAAAGGGCAUUGUGUUUGAUGUCGACGGCACGUUAUGUCUGCCUCAAAACUACAUGUUCGCAGAGAUGCGAUCAGCACUGGGGAUCGAAAAGCCGACGGACAUCCUGGACCACAUCUACUCGCUACCUGAGGGCGAGCAAGAAAAAGCACAAGAGAAGAUCCGGGACAUUGAGCGCACCGCAAUGAAGUCCCAACAGCCGCAGGCCGGGCUCGUAGAGCUCAUGGAAUAUCUGGACUCUUGUGGCAUCAAGAAGGGCAUCUGCACACGCAACUUCGACGCACCUGUCACUCAUCUGCUCACUACUUUUCUGCCAACAUCAAAAUUUAGCCCUGUCGUGACGCGAGAGUUCAGGCCACCCAAGCCCGACCCGGCAGGCAUUCUGCACAUUGCGAAGGACUGGAUGCACGAAGACGGAGGAAAGAGUCUGAUCAUGGUUGGCGAUUCAAUUGACGACAUGACGGCUGGUCAUCGUGCGGGAGCUGCGACUGUGCUGCUAGUCAACGACGUCAACAAGCACCUUGCGGAGCACCAGCACACGGAUCUCGUCGUUCAGCGGCUCGAUGAUCUCAUCGACAUUCUUGAGAGUGGGUUCGAGGGACGCGUAGAAUCUAGCGAAGAGAAGUAG